AUGGACGUUAUAGAAUCUCCCAAAAAAUCAUUUGGAAACAUUGUACAAAAUAAUACCUCAAAAACAACCCACUUUCAAGUACCCAAUAGUGUCUUAAUUGAUGAAAUAAACGAUGUCGGCAAUAUUUGUGUCGAUAAAAACGUUACUUUAAAAAAUGCAACGAAUUUUCAUCCAUUAAUGUCUCCAAUAUCACAAGACUUCCCAGAUUUGAUACCAAAACAAGCCAAAGUUAAUAUGUAUGAAGAACAUUUUCAUCCAGAAGCUCACAGCUCUGUUAGUGAAUUGUAUGAACAUGGAGAAAGACAAAAUGAAGAUUUGUCUACAGACUUAUCAGAAUUUCCAAGUAGUCCUUCGUUACUAAGAAAAUCCAUAUUGGGUGAUGUAUCUGUUGAAAUUACUGCAAAUGAUGUUAUCAGUGAUACUGAAUAUGAAAAUGAUAAAUCUGUUUAUGAAGCUCAUCUUAGUUCUAAUUUGCAAAAUGUAUCCCUUAAAUUAAAUGAAAAAGAAGGUAACUUAAAUUUCCUAGCUCACAAUAAAAGGAGCAACAAAUUAAGAAAGAUUAAAGUUGUGCAAACUCAACUUAGUGAUGAUAGUGAUGUUUCCUCUGCUGAUACAAAUACUGAUAGUUUGAAGUCUGAAGAUGUUUUCAAUGGAGAAGUAGAAGAGUUUGCAAGAAAGUUGGAUGAUGAAAACACAACCCCUGAACCCAUCGAACCCCUUAGUGCUGCUGAUGAACGUUGCCAUGCUAGGUACUGGCAACGUAUGGUACUACCUGGCGGUGAGCAGCGUACCAUAGAUAUGAGGGUCAUAGAACCCUACAAAAGAGUACUCAGUCAUGGUGGUUACCUGAGGGCUGGAGGAAAUACAGCUAUUGUCGUGUUCUCUGCUUGUUAUCUUCCAGAUAAAUCUAGAAUUGAUUAUGUUUACGUUAUGGACAACCUCUUUUUGUAUGUCUUAUGGACUUUGGAACGUUUGGUAACUGAAGAUUAUGUUCUCAUUUAUCUACAUGGAGCUGCAAAUAAACUACCUUCAUUCGGAUGGCUUAAAAGAUGUUAUCAAAUGGUUGGUCGAAAAUUAAGGAAAAAUCUUAGUCAUCUAUAUAUGGUACAUCCCACAUUGUGGAUAAAGACCAUGUUGUUUAUGGCAAAACCUUUUAUAAGUUCCAAGUUUUACAGAAAAAUAUCAUUCAUCAGUACCCUAAGAGAGCUCAUGGUAAGAGUACCACUGGAAGCAGCUGCAAUUCCUGAUAAAGUCAAACUGUUUGAUAGUUUGCACUGUGCUACAUAA